UCACGUGACGCUCCGCAUUGUGACGCAGAUCAGCUGACUGCAGAGGAAGCUGCAUCCUUCUCACGACCUUCAUCGUUUCGCUGACUUUCUGCGGUUCCGUUCCCGGUUCUGUUCCCGGUUCCGUCCCGGUUCGGCCCGGUUCCGACCCCGCCAUGGCGAGUCAGUCUCAGGGGAUCCAGCAGCUGCUGCAGGCCGAGAAACGAGCGGCAGAGAAGGUGACGGAGGCCCGGAAACGGAAGAACCGGCGCCUGAAGCAGGCCAAAGAGGAGGCGCAGGCCGAGAUCGAGCAGUACCGUCUGCAGCGCGAGAAGGAGUUCAAGACCAAGGAGGCGGCGGCCCUCGGUUCCCAUGGUAACAGCGCCGUGGAGGUGGACCGCGACACGGCGGAGAGGAUGGCUCGCAUCCAGGACAGUUACCGCGGUAACCGUGAGACGGUGCUGAACGAGCUGCUGCGGCGGAUCUGCGACAUCCAGCCGGAGUUUCACGCCAACUACCGCGUGGCCGGCUGAGGGGGCGGGGCUUCCGCUGCCCUGAGGGGGCGGGGCUUCCGCUGCCCUGAGGGGGCGGGGCUUCCGCUGCCCUGAGGGGGCGGGGCUUCCGCUGCCCUGAGGGGGCGGGGCUUCCGCUGCCCUGAGGGGCGGGGCUUAGUGUUGCUGUUCCUGUGCUGUUUACAAAGUAUUUGUACUUCAAAAUAAAGUUUGUUUCUUCUGGAAUUUAACAAAAUAAAAGUCUGGUAAUCCAGCCAAUCACGUGACAGAAUCUCCUGAUAUGAGGAACACCUGAUUGGCUGGAGAAGACACUCUUAUUGUGAAACUCUGCUAUUACAACAAUGUUUUCCUGUUUGUGACCAUGUGACUUUGUGUUGAUUGUGAUGAUGGAACAUUAAAGUGAAUCUGAUUGGCUCAAUGUG